CUUCUCCAACAGCCAACGGCCGCUGCGCACGAGGUGUGACCACCUGCCCCACAGGUGGAAGCCGGACGGUUCACUGACUCCGGCCUCGUCGGAUUUCCCGCUUCCCCUGAGCAGUCUCCGGGGCUACAGGAGGGGAGAGGGGCGACGGGACCCUUGCCCAGCGGGGGGGUUAACCGGCUCCCCUCACCCGGCCGCUCAUUGCAGGUGCGCGGGGCAAUGCCCGGCGCCGCGCCCCUGUGCGACCAUGGACGAGGCCGCUCUGCUGGGCGCCAUGCCCGGCCCCGACGAUGAGACGGCCGCCGACCUGUUCGGCCACGAGCGCGCGUCGCAGGCGGAGGGCCCGACCCCGAGCCCGGCCGUGGCGAUGCAGCCGGACCAGGACGAGCUGCCGGUGCUCAGGGACGCCUAUCUGGGCGUCGUCGCCGCCGGCGAGGAGCCGCCCGCCGCGGAGGACAGCGCGCCGCCGCCCGCCUACAGCCUGCGUGUCCUGUCGUCGCUGCUGCCCGCGCCGCUGGGCGCCGGGGUGCGGGUGAUCCCAGUCGAAAUAAAGGAAGCAGGUAGCACUACAAGUAGUCUGGAGGAAGCAGCUUUUCCAAACCCUCUUGGUCAGGAAUCCUGCUGCAAGUUUCUAUCAUCCCAAGAAGCAGAGGACGCUGUCAGCUCCUCUCCUAAGAAAGACUCCAGCCCGAUGGUGAUAUGUCAGUUGAAAGGGGGCACACAAGUGCUGUGUAUAGACAAUUCUGGCACAAGAGAACUAAAAGCACUUCAUUUGGUUCCUCAAUAUCAAGACCAAAAUAAUUGUCUACAGUCAGAUGUCCCCAAACCACUUGCUACUUUAGUAGGAAGAUUUUUGCCAGUACCAGCAAAAUUAAAUCUCAUUACACCACAACUUGACAGUGGUGCCCUCCCAUCGGCAGCCAACAACGGGCCUGCUUUCCCCUCGGAACCAACUCUUCCAGGGCCACCGAAAAUAACUUUGACUGGGUACUGUGAUUGCUUCGCCAGCGGGGACUUUUGCAGCAACUGCAAUUGUAAUAACUGUUGCAACAAUUUACAUCACGAAAUCGAACGGUUUAAUGCUAUUAAGGCAUGUCUUGACAGAAACCCAGAAGCUUUUCAACCAAAAAUUGGGAAAGGCAGACUGGGAGAUGUUAAGCCUCGUCAUAACAAAGGCUGCAACUGCAAGCGGUCCGGCUGCCUGAAGAAUUACUGCGAGUGCUAUGAGGCCAAAAUUAUGUGCUCUUCUAUAUGCAAGUGCAUUGGUUGCAAAAACUAUGAAGAAAGCCCAGAACGAAAAACACUGAUGAACAUGUCAAAAUCUAUGGAAACCGGAGAAUUUGAAGGCAGCCAUCAUUUGUCUCCAAUGAAAAUUUCACAGCUAUCAAAAUUUAGAAAAGAUAGGCAGCCUUCCUCCUGCAUCUCCUGGGAGGUGGUGGAGGCCACGUGCGCCUGCCUGCUGGCCCAGGGUGAGGAGGCCGAGAAGGACCACUGCUCACAGUGCCUGGCCGAGCAGAUGAUCCUGGAGGAGUUCGGGCGAUGCUUGUCACAGAUCCUUCACACUGAGUUCAAGUCCAAGGGGCUGAAAAUCGAGCCGAAUCCGAUGUAGUCAAGUGUGAAAAUGGCAUUGUCGUCAGAGGAGCACAAGGCACUGGGACAGUUGACUGGUUGGGACCCAACUCUCCCAUGGGGGCACCUGUGGGUUCGCGAAGGCGCUCUGAGGGAGGGCGGCCUUGUGUGAGGAGGGCAGGAUGUGGGCACUGUGUCUGACAGAGGGGAGCUUGGGUUCCUGCCACCUAGGGAGGGUGGUGACGGGCUGGGGAGGGACAGCUUGUUCCUCUCUGGAGCACAGUCCUCCAAGCCUGCUUCUGUAAGGAUGCAGGAUAGUUCUCAGUUUUGUUUUUGUUUUUCAAACUUUUAAAAAUAUAUUCUUCAGAGAGGCUGCUUUGAUAGAACUUAGGCUUUCCAGAGGGCCACUGAACACCCUAGGGUUUCUGCAGCAGAGACAGGCCCCAGGGGCCGGGGACAGCAGACAGUGAGGUCUGCAGGGCAGGCUGACAUGAAGAGUCUUGGGUCAUGGAGCUUCAAAUUGUGUGCAGUUUCUCAUGUGUUUCUACUUGAAUUGUGGAAAGGUUCGUUAUUCAUUUAACUUAUCCAUAAUUAUUGUUAUGAUGAUAUUAUUCCUUGUAAAAUCUAAUUAGAGUGACUAUCUUGCAAAACCAGCAGGGAAGAUUAGUUAUGGUGGUUCUCUUUAGGUUCUAUUGUAAAAGUAAAGAAGAAUACACAUUUCUAAGGUCUUUAGUUGUGUCACAAUUAACAUGGUAACUGAAAAUGUACUUGUCAGUACCCACCCUGAAAUAGAUUAAAAUAGUGUUCUUUCACGUG